CAAGAGCGCAUUCACCGCACGUAUCAAAAUAAAGAACCACUUUCCUUUUGGCGCCCUAAAUUUCGUCGUCGAGCACUCUAUUCCUCCGACUUAACUCCGGUGACCGUGCUUUUUUCACAAAAUCAAACUUAAAGGAGAGAGAUUACAGAAAUUCUUGCAGAAAAUGAAUCUCAAUAGUAGCCGGGAUGACUACAAGUUCCUUCAAAUAGUAGAUGCCAGGGCUGCACUUGGCCAGAAAGUUAAUCUCAUCGGCGUCGUUGUCGAAACCGGUCUUCCCAAGAAAUCCAGGGGCACGGAUGUCUUUUGCUCCAUUAGGAUCAUUGAUGAGUCCUACCCAAGCCCAGGGAUUGCAGUUAAUUUUUUUGCCGAAACUAUGGAUAAGCUUCCUGAAGUGCUGACUGUUGGUGAUAUACUUCAGAUCUCUCAAGUUGUGAUGAAAACUCAUGGACCCGAUAUUUAUGCUUUGUUCAACAAGAAGUUCUCUUCAUUUGCAAUAUUUGACGGAAAGAAUGAUUCAAAUAUCCUCCCUUAUCAAUGUUCUUCUAAGUACCAUGCUAGAGAGCAAGACAAGAAAUUUAUACUGGGUUUGAUGAAGUGGUUGGUUGAUCACAAGAUCGAUACAGAUUUGACUGAUUUACAUUCAUUGAAAGAGAUCAGAGAAGGAGAACGUUUCAACUUGAUCUGCAAGAUUGUUCACGUAUGUGAAGUUGAAAAAAACAAGUGGAUGCUUCUCGUAUGGGAUGGCAUGGAUACUCCACCGGUCACUAUCAAAACAAAGCUAGAAGAAGAAAUGGAAAACCCACUUCCAUUGCAGCCGGUGGCCUUCACUUUGCAAAGAGAUAUUCUCUGUACCUUGCCACCUCUUGGAACUGUCUUGUGGGUAGCCGUUGAUCGUUGCGACGAGAAACUUGGCUUUAACUUUCUCAAGAGCAAUCGGUGGGUGAAACUUAUUAACAUUAGAUGUGAACUUCAUGCAGCAUUGUGGCGUGCUGUCCUAAUGCCCUUUACUAAGGUUUGCUACUUAUCUGAUGAAGAUGACAUCGUUUUACAGCGCAUGAGGCAGUACGAUGAGCGUCGUAAAUCCAAAUUGGGAUGGAUGCCUUCGUCAAGCUUUCCUUGGCCAUCUGACAUAACAGAGACUGACUACCCUAAUGUACCUUUUGUCUCCUUGAUGAGAGCUCUGGCUAAUCCAAAGGUCAUAGGUAAAUUCCACUGUGUAGUUCGAGUGGUAGCGGCAUUUCCUUGGCUAGCUGAACAUUUCCGUUCCCCUUCUGGGGUUUAUAGGAUCAGGUUGACCCUAGAGGAUCCAACUACAAGAAUCCAUGCAUAUCUGUAUAAAGAGGAUGCGGAAAAGUUUUUUGACGGCUACCCCUCUGUUUAUACAUUAACAAAAAAGAGGAAUUUGUUGCUUGGAACUUCUGAAGGCGAUGAUGAUAGUGAAAUGAAUGAUCAUUUUAGAAAUCCACCCUGGAUAAGGUGUUGCUUAAUGUCUUACCAUAUCGAUGACAAUGAUGUCUGGGGAAGUAGGAACUUUCGAAUUUUUGCUACCACCCUGAAAGCAUAGGAGAUCGUCCAUUCUGUAAGCCUACAGUGCUUCCAAUUAAUGUUAUGCAGUUUGGCCUCUUCUUCAAAUGUACCUAGACAGUUGCUAGCAAGUACAGUAAAAAACUCUUAGUUCGAAAAGAUAACAUCGAAAUUUUUGGAUGCAGUAAGAAAA